GAUAGCUCUGAAUUAUCUGAAAACGUGGUUCUUCUUGGAUGUGGUGACCCUCGUUCCGUUUGACAUCCUGGGACUCACGAUGGGCCAUGAGAGCAUCGCUUCCUGGAAGUCCAUCCGCGUCCUCCGGGUGCUACGCUUGCUGAAGCUCUUCAGGCUGCUGAAGACCUCCAGGAUCAUGCACCGAUUCGAGAUUCCAUACUCGAUCCCAUACCAGCACAUCGCACUCUUCCGCUUCCUCAUCAUCCUUUUGCUAAUGGUUCACUGGCAGUCAUGUGUAUGGGGAAUGACGUUGCAGCUGGUCGAUGGAGAUCAGCCGCAGUGGUUGGAUGACAUCGAGCCUACUGACUUGCUAUUCGGGCAAGACAGAACUUCUGCCCUCACCACCUACAUCGCCUCAUUCUACUUCUGCUCGUACACAAUGACGUCAGUUGGCUAUGGCGAUUUGGGCCCCAAAAACAUUGUGGAAAGGAUGGUCUGCAUCUUCAUGGUGAUGUCCUCCGGCCUGUGCUGGGCGUAUGUGUUAGGCGAGGUUUGCGCCAUCGUUGCGGAUUUUAAUGCAGAGAGCCAGAUCUUCCGGAAGAAAAUGCAUCAUUUGAACAGGAUGAUGGCAGAUCAAGAGCUGCCGUUCGACAUGCGCAGCCGCUUGCGAAGCUUUUUCCUCUCCAACCGGUUCCUGAUGCAGCAUCUGACUCAGCAAGAGCUGCUUCAACAGCUCAGCCCGCAGCUUCAGUCCGAGGUCUGCACCGCAUUGCACCUGACCUGGAUUGGUAAAGUCCACUUCUUCGCGCAGUUCAUGCGGCUGGUGGAUGCAUUGGAGAAGCGCGGCGUUAACUCGGCUCCUUACAGAGCCUGCAUUGCGGAUAUAUCGCGUGAGCUUGAAUUUGCGGCCUUCGCGCAGCAAGAAAGCUUCGACAAUGUGCAGGUGCUGUACAUCCUAUCCAAAGGACUGGUUGCGCUGAACAGCCGCGUCCAGAGAGAUGGUGCUGUAUGGGGCGAAGAUUUUGUGCUCUCAGAUACGAGCCUGAUUCGGCCAGUGGCAG